AUGCCUGUGUUACUGCAGACCAACAGCGGCGUGGUGAUGGACCGGCUGCAGGUGGCCGAGGUGUCUGUGUACUCGCUCAGAGACUGCUACCGUGCCCUGGACGGCGCGCUCAACCCUACCAACCUCUGCGCCGGCGCCCCAGAGGGCGGCAGGGGGCAGUGCACGGGUGACUCGGGUGGCCCGCUGCUGGUGCCUGGCGGCGUGCAGGUGGGUGUGGUCUCGUGGUCACUUAAGCCGUGCGCCUCCAGGGGCCUGCCCGCGGCGUUCGCAGACGUCUCGCUCUACGUCGAGUGGAUCCACCAGCACACCGGCCACCUCUGA